CUGUGUAUUGCAUAAUAAUCGCGGUUUAUAAACACAGCCAUGAACCGCUCAUGAACACUUCACAGCCUGUUAAUAAACCAGCUUGUUAAACCAGCAUAUUUUAGGAUUAUUUUCAAGAAGCAGGGUCCGUUGUGCGUCUCCUCGCGACACGUGAGGGGGGGAAAGCGACAUGUUUAGAGACUACGACCUGUCUCAUUAGCGCGUGAAGUGAGUUUUAGUGUUUUAAUGAAAUAAUUAAAGUUGCCAUGGCUCGCAGAAAGACGUACAUCAGUGUGGGCUACUCGUGUGUCGGGGUUCUGGUGGGAUUCUCAGCUUUUCUGGUCUGGAACAUCGUCUACAAACAGCCCUGGACCUCCGCCAUGGGAGGAUUAUCAGGGGUGCUGGCACUCUGGAGUCUCGUCACUCACAUCAUGUACCUGCAGGAUUACUGGAGAACCUGGCUGAAGGGUCUGAAGUUCUUCCUGUUUGUGGGUGUGUUCUUCUCCGUGCUCUCCCUCAUCGCCUUUAUCUCCUUCCUCUCCGUGGCCAUCUCGCGUAAAGAGUCGCUGAAGGACCCGGACAGUCUGUACCUGUCGUGUGUGUGGAGCUUCAUGAGUCUGAAGUGGGCGUUCAUCCUGAGCCUCUACUCUCGCCGAUAUCACAAAGAGUUCGCCGACAUCGCCAUCCUCAGCGACUUCUAACACACACACACACACACAUGCGCACACACACACACACACACAUGAGUACGUGAACACACACCCAUCUGGCAGGUUGAAGCGUGAGUUUGAAUCACACUGUCACACAUUUCAAGCUUCUGUUUUUAAAACAUUGUGAGGACGAAGGAACUGACCAGCCGUUGUCAUGGUGACUAAAGAGAUUAAAGGAAAACUCCAGCAUUUUUCUUUCUUUUCUUUUUUUUAAACCUUUUCUCUCUCUCUGCUGUAUCCAUAGCGAGCGUGAUUACAGCAAAUUUCCACGAUGAGCAAAACUCACUUUUAAUUGAAGUGAAGGGGCAGAUUUUAAGUCAAGGGGGGCAGUUGUAAAGUCAAGGGGGAAGAUGUUGAAUUUUCAGAAUUGUUAGCCGUAAUUCUGUUUUUAGCCUGUUCAAGGCACAACGCUAAUGCUGCUAAUGCUGGUUCUCCUGCUAAUGCUAACUCCCUGAGAAAACGAUGUGAUUUCUUUCAUUUUGAUGAAGUAUAUAAAUGUAGCCUAAAUUGCACUGCUCUUUUUCUUUUUUCCCCCUGAAAACCACAAAGUGUUCCUAAACACCGGCUUUUUAAAGAAUAAGGAUCUGGUUUCACUUCUGAAUAUUUCUUUGUUGUUUUAUGUAAACUCGACCCGAGCUCCUGGCCCUUCACUUCUUCUCUUCACCUCUAACACAAGGACGAUUUCAAACUUUUCUACUUCGCUUUAUUCCUCAGGUCUGUUUGAAUAGAAUUGGUGGUGGAGGGAAGCCACAUCCUCAGAGCGGUAACCGGAACUACUAUCUGUUUGAAGUUAAAUCCAAUAAUUUCACCCAGCAGCCAUACAUUCAUAUACACUAUAUUGCCAAAAGUCUUGGGACACCCCUUCAAAUCAUUGAAUUCACGUGUUGUUUUUCAGGGGUUGGGCUCGGCCCCUUAGUUCCAGUCUUCUCGUCAUUAAAUCAGUGCCUGACCUCACAAAUGUGCUUCUAGAGGAAUGAUCAAAAAUUCCCAUAAACACACUCCUAAACCUUGUGGAAAGCCUUCCCAGAAGAGUUGAAGCUGUUAUAGCUGUAAAGGGCGGGACAACUCCAUAUUACAUUCAUGUGCAUGUAAACGCAGACGUCCCAAAACUUUUGGUCUGGCUCUCAGUCUCCACUCUAAUUCAUCCCAAAGGUGUUCUAUGGGGUUGAGGUCAGGACUCUGUGCAGGCCAGUCAAGUUCCUCCACACCAAACUCACUCAUCCAUGUCUUUAUGGACCUUGUUUGGUCACUGGUGUGCAGUCAUGUUGGAACAGGAAGGGGUCAUGGAGGGGUGUCCCAAAACAUUAGGCAAUAUAGUGUAUUUACUAAUCAGCUGCCCCUAGACUUCCAUUCUGACUGAUUUUGGGAGCAAAGCAUCUUGUUUUUUUGUUGAGAAAAGUGUUAAAAUCCUUCUAUAUAUUAUAUUAUAAUCUCUCUCACACACACACACACACACACACGUGCGCUGGAGUUGUCCUUUAACGCAGCUCGUCUGCUGUAUGAUUAUCUGAUAGAUUUUAUUAGCUUGAUGCUGCCUGAUGCUUUAAUUCUGUUUUUUUCAACAACUCUGUGAUGAAGCUAGGAGGCGAUUCUGAGCCUUUACCUGUUUAAAAAAACAAAAACAUGAAGACUUUUUAUUUCUUUUAUCUUUUUUUUUUACUUUUUACGGAAGGCGUGGCUACGGAGCGUCGCUGGUGACAUCACCACAUCCUAAAGGUGGAUCAUUAAUUGUGGCGAGAUUUUGAUAAAGCGUGAUCAGUGUGUCGUGACUGAAGUCUGGAGAGAGAGAUAGUGUGUGUGUGUGUGAGGGAGGGAGGGAGGUUUUAUGGUAACCAUGGUAACUGUAGGACAUAUUUAUAUGUAUAUUGACAGGUCUGUGUAUGAAGAAGACAGAAAACAGGUCCGUGUUUCAGACUACAGUGGCAUUAAAAUUUUAUUUUGUUUCAAUAUAAAGGGAUUUAAUAGAGAAUUUAAGAACAAUUCAUUACAUAUUUUGUGGUUAAAUUAUUCAGGAAUUUUGAUUAAAAAAUGAUCAAAAGAGAUAGAAAUCAAUUUAAACUGUUUAUAUAGGAAAUAAAUGCUAAAUGAAAACUUGCGAGUGCCAGGUUUCACCUCCCAGUCACCUGGUUGCCGUUGGUUACACCUGGUUAUAACAUCACGUGUGUAUACUGUCCUGCUGUGUGGAGGUGAAAAUCAGGAUCACGGGUUAUUAAGACAUCGCUACAAUUAAUGAUCCUGUCCAGGUGUUUUAUUAUGAGCACAAAUCUCGGGUCCCCAAAUUUUUUUCUUUAAAGGUCACAUAAUUUAUCCUUUCUUUAAUGAGGGGCGGAGUCAGUCUGUACCAGAAAAUGACCUGGGCUGCUAGUAUUAUUCUGAAGAUUUUAUUCUAAUUUUAAAUGUAUUUAUUAUGCCUCCUAAUGCUAGCAUAUAUUAUUUUGUUAUGCACCGUAAAGAUACACAAGAUUGCCAAACGUUCUGGGACAUCCCUCCAAAUCACUGAAUUCAGGGAUUGGAUGAAUUAGAGUGUAGACUGUGAGCCAGGCCUUUACAGUAAAGGGCGGGACAACUCCAUAUUACAUUCAUGUGCAUGUAAAGGCAGACGUCCCAAAACAUUUGGUCUGGCUCUCAGUCUCCACUCUAAUUCAUCCCAAAGGUGUUCUAUGGGGUUGAGGUCAGGACUCUGUGCAGGCCAGUCAGGUUCCUCCACACCAAACUCGCUCAUCCAUGUCUUUAUGGACCUUGCUUUGGUCACUGGUGUGCAGUCAUGUUGGAACAGGAAGGGGUCAUCCCCAAACUGUUCCCACAAAGAGCAUGAAAUUGUCCAAAAUGUCUUGGUAUGAAGCUGAAGCAUUAAGAGUUCCUUUCACUGGAACUAAGGGGCCGAGUCCAACCCCUGAAAAACAACACCUGAACUCAUUUGGAGGGGUGUCCCAAUACUUUUGGCAAUAUAAGUUUGGGGAUUCCUGGUGUAAAUAUCUGACAAUGUGGAUUGGUUUGGAGAAAAUUCCUUCUAUUUUUAAAUUGAAUAAACAAAAUUGUUGCAACAAGAUUUAGAUUUCAGAGUCAUGUAUCGAUCAGAGGAUGAUUCAUGAUGUCGUGUCGUAUCGUACGUAAUCGUGACUUUUACACCGGCGUUUUAUUCCUGUCACCAGCGCGCUUCUUUCACCGGGAUCACAGCGUAACCGUACCAGAUGUGCGUGAUCAGUUUUAUCAUCUAUUUUUCUUUACAGUAUCCGUGCCUGCUUUAAUCUCACCAAGUGAAACCGCUUCAAAACACCAACUUGAGCCCCGAACACGUCCAUGUAGCGCAGUGAGAAUUUAGCGUGUAGCUCGUGUGGGUCACGGCACCGCGGGGUUCAGCCACUCACUUCUGUUUGUCUGAUUUUACUGAAGAGAACAAAUGUAAAUGUUUUAUUGUUAUUUGAAGUAAUCCUCUGAACAAUGAUCCUGUGUCUUUAUAUAAACGUCUCUGUGUGGACAUCAUGGUAAUAAAACACUUUUAUUCAAACGA